GCUACAAAUCGAAAUACAAAUUAUACAAGAGCUUCUGAAAUCACGUGACCACAGAUGUAGUGUGCUGAAGACAUGGCGGACAAGGAAGAGCCUGAGAAGACCAUUGCCGAAGACUUGGUUGUUACCAAGUAUAAAAUGGCUGGCGAGAUAGUAAAUCGUGUACUAAAACAAGUUUUAGACAAAUGUAUUGUUGGAGCAUCUGUGAGAGAGAUAUGUGAAUAUGGAGAUACACUUUUAACAGAAGAAACUAGUAAAGUUUUUAAAAAAGAGAAGGAACUUAAGAAAGGAAUAGCUUUUCCAACCUGUAUAUCAGUUAACAACUGUAUUUGUCACUUUUCUCCUAUUGCAAGUGAACCGGAUCUAAUACUCAAAGAUGAAGAUAUGGUUAAAGUUGAUCUUGGAGCACACAUUGAUGGCUUUAUAGCAGUUGUGGCACACACUAUAGUUAUAGGCUCUUCGACGGAACGCAAAGUUACAGGUAGAAAAGCUGAUGCAGUUUUAGCUGCACAUUAUGCAUCUCAAGCUGCGCUAAGACUUUUAAAGCCUGGAACAGAGACAUACACGAUAACGGGAACAGUAGAAAAAAUUUGUGAUGCAUAUAAAUGUAAACCAAUUGAAGGAAUGUUAAGUCAUCAAUUGAAACAAUUUAAGAUAGACGGAGACAAAACCAUAAUACAAAAUCCAAAUGAUGCACAAAAAAAAGAACAUGAGAAGUUUACGCUUGAAACCCAUGAAGUGUAUGCAAUGGAUGUACUUGUUAGUACAGGUGAAGGUAUUGGACGAGAGCAAGAUACUCGCGUUACUAUAUAUAAAAAAACUGAGGAAACAUAUCAGCUUAAGCUGAAAGCAUCUCGUAUGUUUUAUUCAGAAGUUUCCAACAAACAUGGACUCAUGCCUUUUAACUUACGUACCUUUGAAGAUGAAAAGAAAGCAAAGAUGGCAGUUCUUGAAUGUGUUAAUCAUAGGUUGAUUGAACCAUUUCAAGUAUUAUAUGAAAAACCAAAUGAAUAUGCUGCCCAAUUUAAGUUUACUGUAUUAUUGAUGCCUAAUGGACCACAUAAAAUUACUGGUAUUCCUUUUGAUCUUGACAUUUAUCAAUCAGACUGCGUAGUGGAAGAUCCAGAAUUGAAGAGUCUUUUAUAUACUUCUGCAAAUCCAAAAUCUGCAAAGAAAAAGAAAAAGAAGGCCGAGAAAGCUGUGGGGGAAGUAGCAAUGGAAGUUGAUGCUAAGGCCUAACACAAUGAAGUUAUGCUCGCUAUGAUUUAUUGUCAUCAAGCACUAUCCCUUUCAUAUUAUCUAGCAGUAUAAAGAGUAAAAUCAGAAACUUUUCAAAGAAUACUGUAUUUCAAAUUUUAUUCUUAACCAUUGAUGCCCACUUUGACAAAAUGUAGAUUUUUAUGUUUUAAUGCUUUUAUCAUUUCCACAUUUUAUUUACAAAUUCAAGUUCAACCAAUGCAUAAAAGUGCUUAUUAUUUGAAAAGUGUCUAGUUUUACUCUGUAACAAUGACACUUCAUCACACUUCAUGUUAUAAUUCAUUGACACUUACGUUUUUAUACCAGAACAUCUUUCAAUGACGCAGAUUGUUACUCUACAUAAAUUGAUGAAUGUUCUUAAAAAAUUGUUGCGGAUAUCUUACAUUACAUUACAUCUUACAUAAUAUUUAAACCAAUGUCACUUUAAUAACAAUACGUAACUGAUUUUGUGAAAUAUCUCGAUUAAUCGAAUUAUAUAUAUAUAUAUAUAUAUAUAUAUAUAUAUAUAUAUAUAUAGCAUGUGUGUGUAUAUAUAUAUAUAUAUAUAUACACACGUCUUUAUUAAUAUUCAUAAUUACUUAAUUAUAAAUAUGUCUUUGUUUUACGUAUAGCCAUGCACGCAUCAUGCAUAUAUCUGUAUAUGUAUGUUGUGCGUGUAUGUGUGUACGCGCGCGUAAGUGAGUGUCAUAAAUAUAUACAUAUACCGCCUUUGACUUUCUUUUACAUAUAGGGACAAACUUUUUGAUAAUGUUCAUUAAAACAUAAACAAACAACAUAAUCAAAUUGCAUUACCCUCAUUAACUUCAAUUAUUUUAAUAAUCAAUUUACGUAAAUAUAAACUAGUCGCAAAACAGCAACAAUUUUGUGUCAGUGGAAGUAUAGCGGGUAGGGUAAAAUACACUUAAUUUGAUAAAUAAUAAUUCUAUACAAUCUGAUUUUAUACGCUAUCUCAGUGGUAUUUGGGAAUUUAAAUUAUAAACACAUUUGGCUUGAACUUGUAAAAUUGGAAAAUAUGUCAAAUAUGCUAGGAUUAUGCAUAAACAAUGAAAUACUAAUAAGUCUUGAAGUGUUUCGUUGCGCAAAUUCCUCGACGGAAAGGCAAUCAUUCUACAACUUAUUUUAAGCAUCUUAUAAAAAUUUUAUAUCGGCAAUUGAGAAGUACUUUGCAUAGAUCAACACUUGCUUCUCGUAUUGUUCGCAUUUAACGAAAUGGAAAAUGGACCUCUAUCGUAUGACAUACUUGGAAAGUAUUCGACUUAUUGAGGUAAUAAGCGCAAAAUAUUAAUAAUGUGUGUUAAAAUAGUUUUAUAUAAAAAGGAUAGAUGUGUCUGUUACAAAUAUUUUUUCUAAACGAAUUGUGUAUAUGUCGAAUGUUACAGAAUGUGCUUAUACGAUGAGAGAUAUAAUCUUCUGUGCACUGUCCUUCCUUUGCUCUUAAUCUUAUUUUAACAUUCUAUUUAUCAUCAUAUUGAUAAUAAAGAUAUGUAAUAUGUUCCAA